CUCUCCCCAACCCUUGCACCCCUCGCGCCUCCACCACACACUCUAUCCACACAGACACAGGCAAGGAGAGGAGGGGAAGGGGAACCUCCUCAGCGGCGGCGGCGAUGGUUUCCCUCAAGCUGCAGAAGCGACUCUCCGCCAGCGUGCUCAAGUGCGGCAAGGGCAAGGUCUGGCUCGACCCCAAUGAGGUCAACGAGAUCUCCAUGGCCAACUCCCGUCAGAACAUCCGUAAGUUGGUGAAGGAUGGCUUCAUCAUCAAGAAGCCCCAGAAGAUUCACUCAAGGUCCCGUGCACGGAGAGCCCAUGAGGCCAAGCAGAAGGGUCGCCACUCUGGCUAUGGUAAGCGCAGGGGUACAAGGGAGGCCAGGCUCCCCACCAAGAUCCUGUGGAUGAGGAGGAUGCGUGUGCUCAGGCGUUUGCUUCGCAAGUACCGUGAGGCAAAGAAGAUUGACAAGCACAUGUAUCACGACAUGUACAUGAAGGUUAAGGGUAACAUGUUCAAGAACAAGCGUGUCCUUAUGGAAAGUAUCCACAAGUCUAAGGCCGAGAAGGCAAGAGAGAAGACUCUGUCUGACCAGUUUGAGGCUAAGCGUGCCAAGAGCAAGGCAAGCCGCGAGAGGAAGAUUGCCAGGAGGGAGGAGAGGUUGGCUCAGGGCCCAAGAGAGCCGGCAGCUCCAGCAGCACAAGCAGCUCCUGCUCAAACUGCGGUGGCACCAAAGAAGGCGAAGAAGUGAACAUCUCGCGUGACGUGCGCCUUGCUUAGUAUUUGAAGGUGCUAGCAGAAUUUUGAAAUACAAAUCGUUUGGCUUAGUAUUUAAGUAUCUUCCAAGUCCGGUACCUUGAACAAUACGUUGUGCUCCUGGAUGUAGUAGAUGCUUAUGCAAAGAUGUUAUUUUUAAAAGUUGACGGUGAUGUCUUUAGCCUUUUAAUUUGUUUGCUUCGAAAUACUUCGUGCCUGGGAUGAUAAAUUGGCACCUUGUUCA